CGCAAAUAUUCCUGGGAUCCACUUGUGACGUAGCGCCCAUUUGUUUACGCUCCACUAGUGGAAUGAUAAAGCGUUAUCCGACUGAUAACCGGCUCAAAGGCCCCACGACGAUGCACUCACUUGGGCACCCGAGAGCUUAAGUCUGAGCCCGACUUCGGAUCUUGGCAGUUCGAUUGCGGUCGGUGCUGUAAUCCGAGGGUUUAUAUAUAGCGCGAUGAGGCGCGCGUCGUCAUUUAGUCACGAAGCCUUAACCAAGCCGCAUCGGAGCGCGAAUAGAUCGAAGCCUAGCCACCAUGUUUCAGAAAAGGAUUAUCGAGCUGAUCACGGUGCUGGUGUAUUGGGUGAUCAUCACGCCCACCACCUACAAGUACUGCACGCAAAACGGAAUAAUCAGGAUGAGCUUCGACACCCUGGUGGGCACUGUGGGCGACCACUGCACCCUGGCCCUCUGCCUGAUGAUCGGAUACGUCGUCUUCUACCGCAUCAUAAUCUUCAUUUACAUGAAGUUGAAGGUCUGUGACAUUCGGAUGUGGGAUGAACUGCAGCGGGCCAAGGAGGAUCCGGAGGCGCAUCUGGACAAGAAGUCCUACUACCAGCCCGUCUCCACCGAGAACAUCGAUGUCGUGGACUCUGGCAAGAAGAAGAACAAGCCAACGACCCCGAAAAUGAUAAGGACCAUCAGCAAUCCGCUGCUCAUCGAAAGCGAUCUGGCGCGCAUUCACAUCAAGCACGAAACGCGGCCUUUGGAAAGUGCCACCCUACCCAGGCUGCAGCAGGCAAUGGUCCACCCUAGUCCCAGUCCCAGCUUGAGGAGCGCACCACCAGUGCCACAAAUGCAGAAAAGUGCCACUCUACCGAAUCAGCACAGCAAAGGUGUGAUCAUGUCUCCCAAAGUUCUGAUGCCCAGAACUCAACAGGUGUAGACAGCGAGUGAUUAGUGCUUAAAAGUGUGCUCAUGAUUGCGAUUACCAGUCUUAGUUUCUGUGAAAUUCUGAGCUCAACUUAAGAGGACUACGUCCGCAUCCAAGUAUUAGCUACUGCCCAAAGAUCUAUAAUCGAAAUAAACCCGAAAUUAGUCAAUCAUCACAUUCCAGUGUACUCGUUCGCGCGAGCUAAAUUAUUAGUUUAGUUAGUGAAUAUAUUUAUUACUAGACGUAAGGCAGCUAUUGUUAUCCAUGCGUAAAUAUGCGUGAGUUUAUUAAAGAUAA